AUGGAAACAAAGAAUCAGGUGUCGCAUGAAACUAAGAAGAAAACUAUCAAGGCUCCAAGUCCAUCAAAGUUGAAAGCGUACAUGGAUUAUGAAAUCCCGGAGUAUGAUUUUAAAGUUGAUGGGGAUGACCUGGAAGUGGAUAUCCCAGAAUUCAUUGCCCCGGACAUGGAUGUACAAAUGCUGAACUUAGUAAAACCUAGGAAAGAGGUUACCAUAGUGAAGACAUCGUUUGUGAAUGCUGUUAGCGCUUCUUUAUUGAGCUCUCCUGAUUUUCAUGAUCGCCAUGACAACACAAGAUUACAUCUCAUGGAGCUGGCUGAUAAAGUGAUUAUGUAUGAUCCAGAGUUUAUUCUCAAGGUUGGUCUGUACGCUCGACGCGAGUUAAAUAUUCGUAGUGUGCCUAACUUUAUUUUGGCGUUAGCAAGUAACCGAGGUCAAUGUCGGCCAUUUAUUAAGAAAUACUUCAACGCUACAAUAAGACUACCAUCUGAUUGGAUAGAUGUGGCAGAAAUCUACCAGACUCUCUGUGAUAAGACCAUCAACUUUGGUUCAUUGCCGUCUGCUUUACGUAAAGCUAUGAUGAUUAAAUUUCCAGAAUUUGAUGCCUACCAGCUAGGCAACACCUUGGAUGAGUUAGAAGAGUUAGGCAACACCUUGGACGAGUUAGGCAACACCUUGGACGAGUUAGGCAACACCUUGGUUGAGUUGGGCAACACCUUGGAUGAGAUAGAAGAGUUAGGCAACAUUUUGGGCGAGUUAGGCAACACCAUGGGCAAGUUAGGCAACACCUGGGACGAGUUAGGCAACACCUUGGAUGACUUUGGCAACACCUUGGAUGAGUUAGAAGAGUUAGGCAACACCAUGGGCAAGUUAUGCAACACCUUGGAAGUUAGGCAACACCUUGGAUGA